GGCGAGACUGAGGGGGGGGACGUAAAGAAAUGCCGCUCACUCGUGCUCCCACCUUCGGAAGUAACUACAACAGCGUAAAGGUAAAGCGUUACCAUCCGCUUAGCUUGACUAGCUAGCUCGAGAAAUGAAGCUCUUUUGUCAAACAUAAGGCUCGGGGGCCCCAUCUGGCCCCGCUGGAUCAUUUUAUGGGGCCUGACAAAAUUUGCCAUGAUUAGUACUCCCAGACAUCUGUUUUAAUUUUUUUUUUUUGAAACAAAACAACUGAUUCAAAUCAGAACUCAACAAUAACAAAGAUGUCGCUCGUGUUAGCCCAUAAUGGGUUCACGUUGGCCGGUCUUUCAUAAGCUGCUGGAUUUUUCUGAAGUGAAAGGAGAACUUAAGCAAGACUGAAACUUUGUUGCACAAGAACAUAAGCCCUACAAUAACUUUGUUUUGAUUUCCGAGUCUAAUCUUAUCCUGAGUUACGAAGGCCACGACGGAGUUUUUGCAUUUUUUGCCCAGCUUAGUUUGCGUCAUUCCGUUUGGGCUCCCUUGUUUGGGUGACAAAAGUCUUUCGGACAAAAAAAAAACUAAAGUCUCUACAACUUGCAAAGGAAUUGACUGACGCCAGCUUUCGUUGUUGUUGCUCAAUUCGAUAUUGGAGCCACUUAAAGUUGGCAUGUCAGGAAAAGUGUGCGAAUGCCUGCAAAACAAAAAAUCAGUCAGUGAAUUCAAACACUGCCACAAUUGUUGCAGCAGGUGCCAAAGAGAAACACUCAAGUGUCUCAAACCCCCCAAAAAUCCCAAACUUGGGCCCAGAUUGACUGAAUUCUUCUCCCAUUGCUAUCCCAGCGAGUGUGUGUGUGUUUGUGUGUGUGUGUAGGACCGCUGAUAAUCCUCUGGCAUGUCCUCUUCACACUUACACAGACGCACCAUUGUGGAGUUCAGCUUCGGUGACUGAAGCACCGUAACCUCUCCAAUCUAAUCAGAUUCCUUUAAGUGGAUAACAAGCGCGUCUCCGUCAUUUACAGUAGCGAGAAUGGCAAAGUGAAACCAGAACAGUCAGCUCACACACACGCACGUAUAAGUGUGUGUGCUGCGUGGACAAGCUCCGACUUGCCCGUUGGAAAAAAAGAAGAUAGACUAACAACCGGCAUCUUGUUGAGAAAGAUAAGAGUUCUCAGUGACCACUGACAAGACGAGCAUUGUGGCGAGGAUGCUCAAAAUUGAUUUGCACCGUAUGGUCAGACUUCAUAUUUGUCGACAAAUGAUUUACAUUUGAAAAAAAAGCAGACUUUCCUCCGAGCACCUCAAUCUGAAACUUGUCUGUGUAGUAAUUUAAGGAACUCGGUGUCCCAGUGAGGAACUAAUACUACCUUGUGUCGCUUUAAAAAUGAAGAGAACCUAAAGGUUUCGUAUUACACCGGGAAUUCUGCAAUUAGGUUUAUUCGUGAUAAUAUCGAUAAGACGGUACGGGAGGAACUGAGACAAAAACUCCAGAAAUAACCGAAAUGUAGCAUUGAAGCUAACUGAACACAAAUGGCGUCACGCAGCCUCGGAACAAAAAGCCCCGUUAUUAUUCCUAAGAGCGGAUAUCCUGAAGAUUGCGUCAUCAAUGCAACGGUUAGCAAACAUUCUUCUGAGAAAGAAAAAAAAAAAACAUAUCGGUGUUCGACCAGUCAAAAAGGUCAAGCGGCAAUUCUUGUCAUCGAUUAACUGAGUUCCGUCAUGGAAAAUGAUCCUCAUUGAGACAAAGUUCAGGCGAGUUCAGAUCAUUUUCUUUUACCUACGAUAGACAUUUGUAUUUCAAACUCUUGCUUACAAUACACACAUUAUUCGAUGAUCUCUAAAUAGUUCGCGGGCCAUAAAGUCACGACAGAGAGUCGCAUUGUCAAUAGAAUAAUUCAUCGAAAUAUUACUUCUGAAAAUAGUCCACAUAGGACCUCCAAAUUGUUUUAUUGUCGGCGUAACCGAUCGUUCUGAGCUCUCCGCAUUGACGGCGACAAACGACUAAAAAUGGCAUUAGUGGAGUUAUUUAAAACCCCGAUGGGAGAACAAGGGUCAUUUGUGCUGCCGCAAACCCCUGGAGGAGGCAAAAGAGGACCUCGGGAGGUGAGAGCCGAUUGGCCGCUCAGGCAAAAAGGGGGCGGUCCUAGCGAAUGGCAGACGUCCCGCAGUGAUGAAACCCCGGGUGAUCUGACAGCUGGGCCAUUUGAAGUGAUUGUCAUGCUAUGCAACAUGAAGGCUUAUCCCAAGCUUUGGUCCUAAUUAGUUCACUUAGGGGCCCCUUUAUAAAGACAAGACGAGGGACACCGAGUCAUUAAGGAGCCAGAAGAUCAACAGGAGAGCAACGGGCAGAAGAAGCAGACUCGCAUCCUUAAACUUGUCUUUGCUGCUCCGAGCAAACAAACUCAAUCGGAAGACUUUUUGAGAAUGCCACACUUAUCUGACUGCGGCUACUACACCAUGCGGGAUGCGACAAGAGCUUCAAACGUACAGAGCCAACUGGACAACACCAAGUUCCACCUCCAUCAGAGCCAGAGCCAGCAGGUCAAGCAGUACCUGACGCUGGGUUCAAAGUUGGCCUCGUCGGCGGCGGCGCAGGGCCACGCCGUGCCCCACCCCCACGCCCCCGGCCAGCCGCUACCCACCGUGCCCAUCAUGAGGAACGGACACAUGGGAUCCGUCAACGACGGCAGCAACCCCGACAGCCCCGUCACCCUAAUGACCAUGGCCAACCACGACGGCGAGUUCCCAAUGGAUGAAGUGAUUGAUGAUCUGAUCAGUCUUGAAUCGGGCUUCAAGGAUGGAGGCUUGGAUUGCAUGGAGUCGAACAUCCUGAUGCAAAACAAUGUGUCCCUCAGUAGCAGCAUGCUGGACGUGUAUGGGGGUGAACAAGAACACGACACACGGGUCAUGGCCAAGGAAAGACAGAAAAAAGACAACCACAAUUUAAUCGAAAGACGGCGAAGAUACAACAUCAACUACAGGAUUAAAGAACUGGGGACGCUCAUACCAAAGUCAAACGACCCCGACAUGCGCUGGAACAAAGGCACCAUCCUGAAGGCUUCGGUGGAGUACAUUAGGUGGCUGCAGAAGGAGCAGCAGCACGCUCGCGAGAUAGAAAGUCGCCAGAAGAAGCUGGAGCAGGCCAACAGGAGGCUUAUCCUCAGGAUUCAGGAACUUGAGAUCCAGGCACGGGCGCACGGCCUCCCGAACAUGGCGAGCUCGUUGGGUACGACGGAACUGAAUUCGCACCUCCUCAAGCAACAGCAGUCGUCCCCCCAGCCCCAGCAGCCGCCUGUCUACCAGGAAGACCCCAACGGAGAUUAUCUACAGCGGAUAACCGUGGUGGCCGGAGUGCCGUCCAUCUCGGUGCCGCAGGACCACGUGGCGGGCGCCGACGGUUGCAGCACCUUUUCCGACCCGCUGUCCCACUUUACCGAAAUCUUCAGCGCCACUCUCAAAGGCGAGCAGCGGCUGGAUGAGAUCCUGAUGGACGAGGCGCUGUCCCCGUUCGGCGCCGACCCGCUGCUGUCGUCCGGCUCGCCCCGGGCCGCCUCGAAGGACAGCAGCCGCCGCAGCAGCUUCAGCUCAGGGGAGGGCGAUGAGCUAUAAUGCUAAAGCUAGCCGGCUUCACAAGGCUUCACGGGACGUUUGCUCACCAACUUUUCUGUAUAUAUUGUACAGCUCAUGGACCUCCCGGCCUUUCCAGCAGAAACAGACCCGUAUGAAAAAAGGGAGAACCGGAAUUUUUGUUUUUUUGACGACACUGCAGUAGCUGUACACUGACUUUGACUCCAAAGAACUGCUGAGAUCCUGUCAACACUGAUUAUUUUGUUUUUCCUCAACGUGCCUUAUUUAGUCGUCUUCACUGUCAUGACUAACGCUGUGCCUUUUCAGGUUUUUAUAUUUAUAUAUGCUUAACUCGUGUAAUCCUAAAAUAUAUUUACAGUGUAUAUGCUAACAUGCUACUUUUUUAUUCACAGUAGGGGUGGGGAAAGUAUAAUAAACCCCUUUUUUUGAUACA